AGCAGUUACAACAGGGCCAGCGCGUGCGCAACACGCGUUCGAAUUUUAAAACCGAUGCGAUCGCGAACGCGACUCCGUUUCGUCUUCUAAUCUCUUUUGUUCCGACAAUUUGUUUAAAUGGAAGUAUUGGGGACACUUCUAGUUUACCAUUGUGUCUAUGCCAGAUAACAUGCUUGUAGAGUCCCUUUGUUAAAGCACAAUAUAAGGUUUAGUUCUACUUUCGGAAAAUUUAAAUAACACUGUGAGUAAAAAUUAAAUAAAAAAUUAAAUAAUCUCAUUGUGAUAUUGGACUGAUAAGGCUGAAGAAGUAGAAGGGUCACCUGAAGAUCUCAUUUCUGUGAUGAACAAUGCUUAAACAAGAACUUCUCCUGUUGAUAUGGGUAUGCAGUGCGCUGGCCGCACUGGACAGCUACAGUCCUCAGCAGGAUCCUGACCAGUUCCACAUUCAGACUGAUGAAGAUGAUGAGCGCUAUUUCCUCUACCAAACUCACAACGGACAAUAUCGCAAAGAGAGACGGCUGAAAGACGGCUCAGUUGUAGGAACUACUGGAUGGGUGGGUGCAGAUGGAUACCUGAGAUUGCAAGACUACAUUGCCGAUGACCAGGGAUACAGAAUUUACAAAUCUAAAACUGUCUAUGUCGGAUUGAACCGUCCAAUCGGAGAGUCAAUAAAAAUGGCAAAGACAGCACCUACUGACUCCGGGUUUGGUAUCACACCCGCGCCCCCGGUACAACGCACCAGCGCACCCGCAAGAAGCAGCACCACAACGCAGCCCCCACCGGCACCUACAACAGUCCAUCACCCACCGCAUCAGUACCCAAGCGAAGUAUCCAUUACACCAACACCAUACUCCUACCCCUCACCUACUUCGACGCCACACGUCGAAGUGUCACCCAACUCUAUCGAUACUUCAACGCCAUUUAAUUUAAAACCAACUGUACCACCUAUCACAGCCGAAGAUGCAUCUCCUUCACCGAGUCCUUACGAUUACGAGAAUACGAACACAAUUGAUGACCACUACUACGCCAGUGACAGUUCACCAUACAGACGUUAUGAUGUCUACAACCCUAACUCUUAUCGACAUGCUGACGACUGGACGCGUCGAUAUCAAGGCAAUGUCCGAGUCGGCGAUGGAUACACACCACAGUUCCCAGGGUACGACGGUGUAGCGUACAGAAGAAACGGAUUCAGAUACUACCUUCCAAAGCAGUACCACGAAGAAGCUACCCAAGACGCGAACGAACGAAUAGGGAGCUUCGGUUACGUAGAUCCGUUUGGUAUUCGUAGAGUUAUUUAUUACAACACGUCACCUGGCGAAGGUUUCCAAAUCCGUAAGAACAACAGGUACGUAGGCCACGACGCGACGCCAUACGAUCCCCGACCUGUUCAGUGAAUUCGAGUCAUUAUUUGUGUGAAGUAAGUCAGAGUUACCUCUUGCAUAUCAGUAUUUUAUACGUUACAAAAAAUAUUGUAAUCGACGAAGACAAAACGAUUGAAUCUCGAACGAAAUUUCUUAGCCAUAAAUCUAUGAAAAAGUGGGCGUUAACCACAAGAAAAAGAAUGUAAUCUUAAACUUAAUUUAUUAUUUUAGUUUAUGUAUAUUUUUUUAAAGAAAACUUAAUUAUCGUGACCGCUGAAUAUCGGUGCCAUUUUAAACAAUAAUACCGAACGUAGAAUAUUAAAAUGCACUCUUUAAUUAACAUCUUACAUGUAUAAAAUACUAACAGAUAUGUAUUUAGAAUAUUCAUAUAAAGUAAAUAAAACCAUAUCAUAAUUUAUACAGUAAAUAGCUUUGAUAAAGGUUUUUUAAAUUGAACUAUCACGGGAGUUCAUCAAGGUGAACAAACUCAAGUAGGCGUUUUAUUGCAAAGCCUACUAUGUCUUUAUUCAAAAAUUAGAUCAUUAUGUCUAAACUUAGCAUUCAAAGUGCCUUUUGUAAAGUAAUAGUCUAGAUUUACAUCAAGAUAGUAAAACUUAUACGCCUGUUUAGUAAUAUAAUAUAUAUUUUUUUUACUUAUGAAAGGCGCUUUGAAUACUAAGUUUUUUUCCUUCUAAAGCUUAAAUUUCUUUUCUGUAAACAUUUUUAUAGAGAAGAUACUAAAAAAUAAUCAUAAAAUUAAACUAAAAAAUCAAAGUUAUGUUUUGUAAUUAAUUAAAAAAGUCUGUCUAUUUUAUUUUUAACUAAGGCAAAUCUUUUCAAGUAGAUUUAACUAAUUGUAAAUACUAUUUUCUCACCUUAAAUUACAAUCUUUUUUCCCUAGACUCUAUAAACAUAUGUAUUUCUUUCUUCGUUGGAGUGGAUCAAAUAAUUGUACAAUAGUUUGUAUAUUGAUUGAUUUAUCGGUGCUUUAGCUUGGUGUAAGUGAAAUAAGAAAAAGUUGUUGCGAAUAAUUUGUCAUUAUAUUUUUCAUUCGAAAACAAAACCAACUUAAUGACAACUUGUUGCAGCAACUUAACGGGAUAUUUCUGUAAUAUUAAUUUUAAUGUACUUAAUAACUGUGUAUACUAUUAUCUAUAUUGUUGAAUAUUGUUAUUAUAAAUUAUUACCUUUAUUUUAUGACCUUUAUUUAAAAUUGUAACAUUGUUUACUGAGCUGUAGCUAAAAUGUCUUAACAAAUAAACGAAAAUUAACUAUCA